AUGUGUUCCAGACAACUUGGGGUGGCUUAUGCGUGCGCAACAACUGGUGCUGUCGUCACAGCUCUAGGCACAAAGUCGCUGAUACAGGGUAGAUCUUUACUUGCAAGAUUUGUGCCUUUCUUCGGCGUCGUGGCGGCCAACUGUGUCAACAUUCCGAUCAUGAGAUAUCACGAAUUGCGAGACGGGAUCUCGGUGUACACAGAGAACAAUACUCUCUUGGGGAAGUCUAAAAUUGCGGCCAAGAACGCUAUUGCUGCCGUUGUCUUCAGCCGUAUCGUCAUGGCUUUUCCUAGCAUGAGUCUGACGCCGGUGGUGAUGCAUCGCCUGGAGCGGAGGCCGUUCCUGAGGAAAAAUCCCGUUCUCCUGGGCCCUGUCAGCAUCCUCCUCACGGGCUUCGUCCUGCUCUUCGCAACCCCACUCGCCUGCGCCAUCUUCUCACAAAAAGUCUGGGUCCCCAUCCAACAACUCGAGCCACACCUCAAAGAAGGAACCGAUCCCAACGUUGGCAGAGUUUACUACAAUAAAGGUCUCUAAUUUAUCAACUUAUCAUAUCGGAUCAUCGCUUCGGAGACCUUUCUUCCAAUUUUUGCCGCAU